AUGAGGCGUACACCACAAUCUGCCAAGGCGAAAAGCGAGAAACUUAAAUUGCAAAGGGCACAGAACAGAGGCGAGGAUGUUGAAAUAUCCAAGAAGUCACAGUUGCCAAAGUUCUCGAGAUCUGCUUAUCUGGAUCCAAAGCUAGGAAAGAAGAAGAAAGCUGCAGAGAAGCUUGAAUCUACUUGGCAGGGAUCAUCCAACCAGGAAUACGUCGAUCAGAAUGAGGUGAUUGAUAGUUGGUAUUGGCACAGACCUAUACCGACUCACGCCGCAAUCUGGAGCCAAGAUCCAGACGACCAGCAGCUCAGCUGCUUCAGAAGACCAAAGUGGAAUUACAACAUGUCGAAAAAGGAGUUAGAGACUAACGAAGUCAUUCAGUUUAAGAGAUGGUUGAAAUUCAAUGACGAGGCUUUAGAUAAGCUGCAAAAGCAGGACGUUGGUGUCUAUGAGCGCAAUAUAGAAGUUUGGAGGCAGUUCUGGAGAACAUGUGAAAUGUCUCAAGUUUUGUUGAUUUUGAUCGACAUUCGUCUGCCUACAAUACACUUUACAAACUCAUUAAAGAAACACUUAGAUCUUCUUACCGAGAAGCAAAAUAAAAGAGUCAUCUAUGUCUUCACAAAGGUAGAUUUGGUACCUGAUGACACUGCCGCUUGUUGGGAAGCGUGGCUCAAAUCUCAACUCAGCUCUACUGAUCAGAUAGUCAAGCUGAGCACAUAUCAGGUUGUCUUAGGCGAACAAGGGAAAGGCAGGCGUAAGCCAUUCAUCAAACCCGAGAGCAUGGUAGAAUUGCUCACUGCUAUCUCGACUGCACACGCUUCACUCAAGUCUGCAUGUGAGAAUGUACCGGAUGUUGAUUUUGAGGAUGUAGCAAAGGAGAUAAGAGACCGUAUAGAUACAACUGCGCAUCCAAACCAACCAAACGCCUCGACAAACCCUGAUAUUGACCAAGGCGAUACCUUGAAUUCAUCAAGCAAGGUUGCAAAGCGCAAAGCCAGAAAGUUAGGUAGAGUUCAAGCCGAAAACAAGAAAGGUGGUCCAAAAAGAAAGGGUUUCGACGUUGCUUUUGAGGAGGUUGGUUCUCCAGAUGAUCAGGAGGAGCAAGAAGAAGAGCAGGAGCAGGAACACGGUGAUGAAAAUGCCAAUAAUGAACGUACAGAAGAUGACGUUCUCACCAUCGGUUUGCUCGGACAGCCUAAUGUUGGUAAAAGCAGUGUGAUUAACGGUUUAUUCGGAAGCUCAAAAGUGAGAGCCAGUUCUACUCCUGGUAAAACCAAGCACUUUCAAACGCUCUAUUUGGCCAACAAAGUCAGGCUUGCUGAUUGUCCCGGAUUGAUUUGGCCAUCGACGACACCGCGCUGGGCGCAGGUGUUGGGAUCAACGGUACCAAUAUCGCAAGAACGUCAACCUAGCCGCAUAGUGUAUGAAAUUGGGCAGCGCAUGCCAUUGGAAAAUAUACUUCCUUUAGCACCAGAAAGUGUGUUACAGAAGGAUGAAAAGGAAGAUAAACGUACUUGGCGUGAAGGUAUGGUUAGAACCUCAAGACGAGAGGAUAGCAAUACGAAAACCCUUGAGAUACUAGAACGUUACUCAAUCAGAGCAGGAUAUAUGACCGCUAAAGCUGGUCGACCAGAUGUGAAUCGAGCGAGCAACUUUAUAUUGCGCCAAAUAACAACCAGUCAAUUCAAAUGGGCAUAUCUUCCUAAUGGUAUUGAAUUGAUGGAUAAUUCUAAUGGUAUUUACAUUGUGGACAACAACUCUGUUGCGGAAACACAGAAUGAUACAUCCGAAGAAGAGGAUGACGAGGUAGAAAGCGAUGAAAGUGCGGCUGAAGAGCCACAAGAAGAGUCAGAAGCACCUGCUGACAGAAACGUCAGGUCAGCGUUUGAACUAUUGAAUGUUGACGAAGGUGUCGAUGAAGGCAAUUCAGAUGAUUAG